AUGGGUUGUGCUAUGCAUUUCGCACGUCUCUAUCUCUCUUUCUCUUUUCGCUCCCCAACUUACUUCCAGUGCGAUUCGUGUUUUUGCCCUUUUGCUUUAUAUGCCUUCUUUGCUGUUACUUGCGUUCUCUCAUCACCUGCAUAUCCCAUUUGGUUCUUGCCUCUCCUCAUUAUAAAUUUUGUUUACCGACUUGACCGUUGUGAUAAUAAGAAAUUGGGUUACGUUAGACAGAGUCCCUCGCGCGCAAUUUCAAACAUGCAGGGGCAAGCCGACGCCCUUACGCCAAAGGCCCAGCGUGUCGCUGCUGGUGAGACAUAUUUUUACCGUGAACACCGCAAGCCGCAGGUGGAGACAUCCUACCGUAUUCGCGUCAUAUCCGGCACGGCAAACUAUGCCCUAUCGGAGAGUGUGGCGAAAUAUCUCAAGGUUGACCUCUGCCGGACAGAGAUCAAGCGCUUCGCAAAUGGUGAGCUGAACAUCAAGGUGGUAGAUGAUGUCCGUGGCGAUGACUGUUUCAUUCUCCAACCCAUUGCAGCAAAUGAGCACACCGAUAUCAAUACCGCCAUGAUGGAGCUUCUAUUACUCGUGCACACCUUGAAGCUUUCUUCCGCCAAGCGCAUCACGGCUAUUGUGCCCUACUUCGCUUACAGUCGGCAAGACCGCAAAACGGAGCCACGCGUCCCCAUUUCUGCCUCAGCUGUCGCACAACUUUUGCAGUGCAUGGGUGUGGACCGUGUCGUUACGGUCGACCUGCAUUGCGGCCAGAUUCAGGGAUUCUUCCGCAACAUGCCGGUAGACAACCUCCUCAUGUUUCCAGAAUUCGCCACGUAUGUCAUGCGACAACCGUGGUUUGACCGGGAGAGAACUGUGGUUGUGUCACCGGAUGCAGGUGGUGUGGAGCGUGCGAAUGUGCUCGCAGAUCGUAUCGGUGCAAGUCACAUCGUGACAAUCCUCAAACGCCGCUCCGGCCCCGGUAAGGUGGACUCUAUGCAGACUGUGGGGAAUGUUGAGGGCUACACGUGCGUUAUCGUGGAUGACAUAGUAGACACCGCUGGAACACUUUGUAAGGCGUGCGAACUUUUGAGAGACAUGGGUGCACUGCGGUUGGUGGCGUGCGCAACUCACGGCAUCCUCACCGAUCCGGCGUGUGAGCGCAUUUCACAGUGCGAUGCGCUCACUGAACUCGUUGUGUCAGACUCUAUCGCUCAGAAUAUCAACUCGCAAAAGUGCAACAAACUCACCGUUCUGACGAUAGCGCCACUCCUCGUGCAAGCAAUUUACAAUCUUCAUUUCGAGUGCUCGUUAUCCUCUCUGUUCCGCACAUAG